UAUGUGUGAAACUCUUCCGGCAUCGCUUCUUGAGGAGACAGGAGAUGACAGGAGGAUAGUUUUCGAUGAAAACCAUGUUAGUGGGUUUUAAAUCGCCCCUUAAAGUUGUCAGUUAUAAUUGUUUGAUAUUUAUUUUCUAUAAAGCGUUGAUGCUGACAUGUACUAACAGCGUACCAGAUGUGGAGCAGAUUGGUUAGGCCUGCUGUGAUUGGUACAAGUGUGUGGAGGAGUCUGUUCACCAUGCAGCUGAAGACCAACGAGUUCCAGUCUCUCUUCACCGAUGGGCUGAAUGGACUGUCGGAGGUGUUUGAGAAGCACCAGCACGAGCUCCGGAUCGCUGGCGGCGCUGUGCGGGAUCUGCUUUGUGGGAAGCGGCCUGAGGAUGUGGACUUUGCCACCACAGCCACUCCAGAGGACAUGAAGCGCAUGUUCCAAGCAGCAGGGAUCAGGAUGAUCAACAAUAAAGGAGAGAAGCACGGCACCAUUACCGCACGACUGCACAAUGAGAACUUUGAGGUGACCACGCUGCGAGUGGACGUCCAGACAGAUGGACGGCACGCAGAGGUGGAGUUCACCACCGACUGGCAGAAAGACGCUGAGCGGAGAGACCUCACCAUCAACUCAAUGUUUUUAGGGCUGGACGGAACGUUAUACGACUAUUUCAAAGGCUACGAAGACCUCCAGAACCACAAGGUCCGGUUUGUUGGUAGCGCCGAGCAGAGGAUACAGGAAGACUACCUGAGAAUACUGAGAUAUUUCAGGUUUUAUGGCAGGGUGGCUUUAAAGCCCGAUGAGCACGAGCCUGAGACUCUGGCUGCCAUCAGGGAAAACGGCCGAGGACUGGCGGCCAUAUCAGGAGAAAGAAUCUGGGUGGAGCUAAAGAAGAUGGUGUGUGGUAACCAUGCUGCCCAUCUGCUGGAGCUCAUCUAUGAUCUGGACUUGGCUCAGUACAUUGGUUUGCCUCCAGGUGGCGACGUCGACCAGAUGAAGCGCGUGUGGCAGAACGCCAGAGCCCACGCUCCCAAACCCAUGACCAUCCUGGCCGCUCUGUUCCACAGCCCAGAGGACGUGGAAAAGAUGGAUCUGCGACUGAAGGUGUCCAGAGAGGAGAAGACGCUGGCUCUCUUCCUAGUCAGACACAGACGGGGGCUCUGCAGGAGCCGCGACGAGCCCGACAGCAUCAAACCUUUCACCGACUUUAUUAUCGAUAGCCGGGAGCCGGACUCUCAGAGUAAAGUGUGCGAGUUGCUGAAGUAUCAAGGCGAAGAGAAGCUGCUGUCGGAGCUCCAAAGAUGGUCCGUCCCCCGCUUCCCCGUCAGCGGCCACGAUCUGAGGAAGCUGGGCGUCACCUCAGGGAAGGAGAUCGGUGCCACCCUGCAGACGCUGCGCGACAUCUGGAAGAAAAGUCGAUACCAAAUGGACAAAGAUGAACUGCUGAGUCAUGUCAAGCCUUAAAUCAGCCAAAUAAAACAGGAACUGCUUCUUUAUGUUGCUUAAAAUGGCUGUUUCCUUUAUUCUCUUUAUUUUAGAUGAAGGGAAGAUGAUUUAAAAGAUCUGAUGAGUAAAGUUUUUUUUGUGUGUUAAUUUAUAAUUGCACUGCUGCCAAAUAUGGUUUGAGCAGCUGAUGCAUAUUGUCAAAGUCCACUACAGGAGACACAAGCAUGGGAUUUAUCAUGUUUUACCUCUUAGCCAUUUUUGGAGAUCUGGAGAGGCAGCCAUCGGCUUGUGAACACGUGUAACAGCAGCUCAUUUUAACAUGUGAACCAACUUUAAAGUUUUUUCUGGUUAAAAAAGAAAAUAUGGUUUAUUAAACCUAAUUUGAAGGAAAAUAAAAACAUGGGACAGGAGAUGAUCUUUCUGCUGGAAUAAAACGCAACAUCAGAGAUGGUGUCUUGCAAAGUAUCCAUGCCCCUUUGAAUCUGAUGGGUUUUUUUUUUAUUUGAUUUCCGAAUAGAAAUCUGAGAAACGUGGCACUCACCUGUAUUCAGCUGCCCGGUUCUCUGUUUAACCACUUUCUGCUGCCGUCUGAGUUGUAUUUCUGGGUCUGGCCUUUGAUCGGACCUCUCUGACACAUGAAUGCCGUUUGAUCUGAACCGUUCCCUUGUUGCUGUGGCUGUAGAUUUAAUUCUCCUGGGAAAUAAAGCUCUCCCCCAGUCUGAGGUUUA